AUGUUUUUUUGGGUCUUUCUUUACUUGUGCUUUGGUGCCUUGACGGCGCAGUGCUCCCCUGUUGAGCUUGUUCCUCAAGCUAGAACAUUUCAAACUAUGCAAGAUUUGAAAGAAUCAACAUUCUGGAAAAAUUUUGUCCUAGGCAGAAACCCAGUGAUCGCCAACACGACAACUAUUUAUGUGAACGAAUCCCAGUCUGUGUACUUCUUUGAAGAGCAAAUUGGACGUUCAAGAUGGAGAGAUUGGCUUCGAAAGAAACCGCCAAUCAAGAUGACCGAGGUGCAGUUAGGUUCAGUGUACGAGGACCUUCUGAUCGAAUAUUAUCCCCUUGUCACCAUAUCUGCAGAGAACAGUCGUUUGGAUGCAACUGUGGAACGCGAGGUCACUGAUGGCUAUAGUAUUUCAUUCUCCCUAGACCUGAGAUGGAAGAAUGAUCUUAUAAUCACAGGAAUGAAAACGGGAUUCAGCUCUCUGUAUGCUUUCGACUUUGCUUUGACCCAAUCUAUGAUUUGCAAAGCACCUAGAGGAGGAAGAGUACAGAUGCAAGUAAGUGCGAAGCUAAGAUAUUUCCCUGUGGCUAGAACACGCAAGGUCUCUUAUGUUGAAUACAUUGAAGACUUCGAAACAGAGGAAUGGGAAAAGUUGUACUCGGUUGUGGAGAAUGAAGAAUACGAGGGCGCUAUGUUUUAUUGGCCAAGUACAAUUUCUCGCCAGCGCUGCGUUACUGAUCAAAGACUCUUCAAGAACAAGCGUCACUCACGUUGGAUCCCACGGCUCCCUCGGAUUUCAAGUGCUCAGAAUGUCAAAGAGUGA